AUGGAUUUGGUCGUUGUUGGCCAUAAAAGAUUGUUAGACCUGAAUGAAAUCGAAGAAUUCAGGGCACAAGCAUAUAAAAAUGCUAAACUGUAUAAGGAGAAGAACAACUGUUGGCAUGGUAACAGAAUUAUGCCAAGGCAAUUUGAACCAGGGAAACAGGUGUUGUUAUUCAAAUCUAGGCUUAAAUUGUUCCCCGGUAAAUUAAAAUCCCGCUGGUUAGGUCCCUUUGAAGUAGCUCAAGUAUACUCACAUGGAGCUAUUAGUAUCAAAGACCUAAAAACAUGGGUCACAUUCAAAGUUAAUGGACAAUGCUUGAAGCACUAUUGGGGUGUUCAUGUGGAUCGUGACAAGCAAUCCAUUGACCCUUAA